AAGUCGGAAGUAGCGGCAGGGAAGGCUCGGCUGGCUCGGCUCCUUCUUUUUUCCCUACCCCUGAUCCCUUCCCCCCCUUCCCCUCGCUAUGGCUGCGCCGCGGUUCAUGUUGUGCGUCGCGCUCCUGGCCGUUACGCAGCCCUUCGCGUCGGCCUUCUACCUGCCCGGACUGGCGCCCGUCAACUUCUGCGAUGACCCGAAGAAGUAUGAUUGUAAGUCUGUGAUAGAGCUGUUUGUAAAUAGACUGGACUCCGUGGAAUCGGUCCUUCCUUAUGAAUACACUGCGUUUGAUUUUUGCCAAGAAGGGGGAAAGAAACGUCCAUCUGAAAAUCUUGGUCAGGUAUUAUUUGGAGAGAGGAUUGAACCAUCUCCAUAUAAGUUUACAUUUAAAGAAAAAAAGACAUGCGAGCCUGUUUGUAAAAAAGUAUAUAAUCCAAACAACCCAAAAGACAAGCAAAAACUGGAAUUUCUGAAAAAGAGUAUGCUACUGAACUAUCAGCAUCAUUGGAUUGUGGACAAUAUGCCUGUAACAUGGUGUUAUGAAGUGGAAGACAACCAAAAGUUUUGCAAUCCUGGUUUUCCCAUUGGCUGUUACAUGACAAAAGAUGGUCAUCCCAAAGAUGCCUGCGUUAUCAGUUCGGAGUUCCGUGAACCUGAUACUUUCUAUAUAUUCAACCAUGUGGACAUCAAAAUACUCUACCAUAUUGUAGAAAAUGAAGCACCUAGUGUGAGGCUAGUAGCUGCUAAACUUGAACCAAAAAGUUUCAAGCACACAAAUGUUGACCAUCCAGACUGCUCAGGACCACCUAUGGAUAUAAGUAAUGAAGCUUUUGAUGGAACUAUCCAAAUUGCCUACACAUAUUCAGUUUCUUUUGAGGAAAAUACGAAAAUCAGGUGGGCAUCUAGAUGGGAUUACAUUUUAGAAUCCAUGCCCCACACACACAUACAGUGGUUUAGUAUUAUGAAUUCUCUGGUGAUUGUCCUUUUCCUCUCUGGAAUGGUAGCUAUGAUCAUGCUAAGAACUCUACAUAAAGACAUUGCGAGAUAUAACCAGAUGGAUUCUACUGAAGAUGCUCAGGAGGAAUUUGGCUGGAAACUGGUUCAUGGUGACAUAUUUAGGCCCCCAAGAAAAGGAAUGUUGCUUUCUGUCUUUUUAGGCUCUGGGACACAGAUCUUAAUUAUGACCUUUGUUACUCUAUUCUUUGCUUGCCUGGGAUUUUUAUCACCUGCAAAUCGUGGGGCAUUGAUGACUUGUGCCGUGGUCUUGUGGGUGCUGCUUGGAACCCCAGCAGGUUUUGUUGCUGCCAGGUUCUACAAAUCAUUUGGGGGUGAGAAAUGGAAGACAAACGUUCUGCUGACAGCCUUCCUUUGUCCUGGCGUUGUGUUUGCAGAUUUCUUUAUCAUGAAUCUGAUUCUCUGGGGUGAAGGCUCCUCAGCAGCCAUUCCAUUUGGUACUUUGGUUGCUGUUCUGGCCCUCUGGUUUUGCAUAUCCGUGCCGUUGACAUUCAUUGGGGCCUACUUUGGUUUUAAGAAGAAUGCUAUAGAACAUCCAGUUCGUACUAAUCAGAUUCCACGUCAGAUUCCUGAACAGUCUUUUUAUACUAAACCAUUCCCUGGCAUUGUGAUGGGAGGCAUUCUACCCUUUGGAUGUAUCUUCAUACAACUUUUCUUCAUUCUUAAUAGCAUAUGGUCUCAUCAGAUGUAUUACAUGUUUGGCUUCUUGUUUCUGGUGUUCAUUAUUCUGGUUAUCACAUGUUCUGAGGCUACUAUCCUACUUUGCUAUUUCCACUUGUGUGCAGAGGACUACCACUGGCAGUGGCGCUCGUUCCUAACCAGUGGCUUUACUGCUGUUUAUUUUCUAAUAUAUGCAGUGCACUAUUUCUUCUCCAAACUUCAAAUUACGGGUACAGCAAGCACCAUUUUAUACUUUGGCUACACCAUGAUAAUGGUAUUGAUCUUCUUCCUUUUCACAGGAACAAUUGGAUUCUUCGCGUGCUUUUGGUUUGUGACCAAAAUAUACAGUGUGGUAAAAGUUGAUUGAAGAAAUUGACAUAUAAAAUGCAGGAGCUAUCAACCUAAUUUAAAGACAUGCUCUUGGGGAAGAAUUUAAGCUUUAUCUGAAGUAUUGACUUCUGUACUUCAUGAGUGAUACUGAACAUACAUUUUUCUCACACUGAAGCAUCUGUAUUGUAACUUUGCAAUCUGUUUUCACUUGGGUGUUCUUAAUGAAGGUUGAACUUAAAUAUUGUAUGCAUUUGUAAAUAUUGCUAUACUAGAACUUUUAAAUUCUAAUGACAGGCUAGAAGUACUGCAUUAAAGAAUUCAAUGAUACUUCUACAAGUAUGGUUGUAAAUAUGGUUUUCUAAGUUUGUUGGGUGGGGUUAAUUAUUUUUUCCAAAAGAAAUAACUAGUUUCUAUCAUGAUUUUGAAGGUUUACUCAGUGUUUUUAAUUUGAAUUGUUCUGUUUUACAUUGGAGCUAUGGCCAUAAAUUCUUCUCCCUUUAUUUCUGUGACUUCAUUAGGUUCCAGUGAUGUGUUAGCCCUUUAAACUACGUGCCUCUUGAGUCUUGGAAUCUUUAUAUUAAUAAUCUUAAUACUGUACACAUUUUCAGUGGAUUAUUACAUAUUAUAAAUACAUAAAAUUCUGUAAAUACAAAUAUAUUGACAGGUUUUAAAAAUAUGUAAUUAUUUUAUUGUGUGUUAAAUUCUAGGUUGACUGUUUGUUAAUUUGUUCCAUACUCAUAAAUGUAAUACUCUUGUACUUCAUAAGAGUGGCAUUUCAUAACUACCCUGCAGUGUCAGUCCUAAUUCACUAGUAUAACUGGAAUUAAAAGACUGGAUAAUAUGUUGAAAGGAUCUGCAUACAUAUAAGCAAGUUAUUCUGCCAAGUGUGUUCUCAACAGAUUUUAAUGAUGCAUAUUAUGUAGAAUGGAUUAUGGUUUUGUCCUUUUGUCAUAUACAAGCAGAAGCACUGCUCACUUCAUGUUAAUAGAGAGUUUCAAUUUGCUAGACAUAGAAUUAAAAUUAAUCAACAUGCUUCUUUGAAAAUUGCAAUGGAAACAUGUUUAAAGUGGUGGUGUUUGAGUUUAGUGGUUCACCUGCUUGUAGUGCCUGCAUGUUCUCUACAAGAUCAUACCUGCUACCAUGUAAUUGCACGUUUGGGGCUCAGAAGUUACAGUAACAGAAAGGAACCUAAGUUUUUCUAAUACUCUUUCUAAAGAUCAUAAACUAAUUAUGCUUGAAUAUUAAAAUCCAAUAAAAUAUCUUUUGUUAAUAA